AGAACUCAAAAAUGCCAAGCAUGGAAUUGCAACCAUCUCUGGACCGAGAAGCCGGGAUGUCACGUUCCAGGGGCAAACGUGGUGGCUGGAUCACCUUCCCCUUUAUUGCAGCAACCCUGACAGGAUUGAUGCUGGCUGGUUGGGGAUGGCUGACAAACUUGAUUGUGUAUCUGAUUGAGGAGUUCAAUGUGAAGAGUAUUGAAGCUACUCAGAUUACAAAUAUUGUCACUGGUGGCAUCAAUCUGCUUCCCAUCAUUUCAGCAAUUCUUGCUGACUCUUUCUUAGGAUCAUUUGCUGUGGUUGCAAUUUCUUCCUGUUUCUCUUUGCUGGGAGUGGUUCUCCUGACCUUAACAGCAUCAAUUAGCUCCUUGAGGCCUCCACCAUGUGAGACUGGAUCAACCUUAUGCCAAGCUCCAUCAAGGGUUCAGUUCUCAGUUCUAUAUGCAGCUAUAGCUUUAGCUUCGAUAGGCCUUCGAGCAAUGAGAUUUACUCUAGCAACAAUGGGGGCAAAUCAAUUUGAUACACCUCAGUAUCAAGGUGUUUUUUUCAACUGGUUCUUCUUUAUCCUUUAUGGAGCAUGUGUAGUAAGUGCUAUAGGCAUUGUCUAUGUUGAGAAUAGUAUCAGCUGGGGAUUGGGGUUUGGCCUAUUUUCUGCUGCUAGUUUUGUAGGUUUAGCCAUUUCCUUGCUUGGUACUCGAUUUAAUCGACAUGACAGGCCUCAAGGAAGCCCAUACACGGGUUUCGCUCGCGCUCUUGUUUCUGCUAUAAGAGGAAUAUUCCACUAUCACCCAAAACUGAGGAUUAUUACCACGGAAUAGAUGGAACAAACAUGAUUUUGGCUGCAACUCCUUCUCAGAGCUCAAGGUAUGAGUUUAUUUGGUAUUGGCAACUGUGGUUUUUUCUGUUGGUUUUUUUAAAACAAAGAAAUGGAGAGAACCGAGAGGCAGAUGAUGAAGAGCAGAACACAUAAAAUGGAGAGGAGUAU